UCCUCUUUGUUAAUAUGUUUCUGCACUAGUAGGUUGGGUCAGUGAUAAAUAUGUGAGGCCUUUAAAAAAGACAGAUGUGGCAGGACUGGGGUGAGGGUAAGGCAAGGGAGAGGGGCAGAGCUGGUUAGAUUCUCUUUAAAAUCUGUAUUUUGUUCAUGGUGUUUUGUUUUUGUCUUGUUUUGCAUGGAACUUGAGAAAUACUGCAAUAUUACUUAUCUUGAACACUGAGAUUUUGGCACCUCUUAGAUUUCUCACACAAGGCGAGUAUCUCACUUGUCGCAUCCUGGUCCUGGCCCUGCCGUCGCACUACAUGGUGGCUGAGUUCCACAGCGAUGCUGGGGCCAAUCACGUUCCAGCUUUGCCUGCAGCCCCCUGUUAGGGGGCGCCACAGAAGCCUGGCUGGAAGCCUAGACAGGAAAGAAAAGAUUGCUUCUUCCUGUUUGUUGGUGGGACCUUCUGGGGGCUUCCUGUUGCCUUGCAGGUCUCUGGGGGGCAGCACUCCUUGGCCCCACAGGGGCAGCUCCUCCCACAGCAGCCCGCUCCAGCCUGCAGUGUUGCUGACACCUGGAGGCCAGCUCUGCCCUGCUCCCCCAGAGACCCAGCGGCAGCUGGACACUUGCUGAGCUUCUAGUGGACCAUGGAUCUGUUUGGAAACAUAGAUGAUAUUUCUUCCGAGAGUGAUGAUGACAGUCAACCACCUGUUCUAGGACAGCCUGUUCAUGCACGGGGAUUGCCUUGGGACCUGCAGGAGGAAGAGCCGAUUUCUGACACCAGGAUAGAAGUGGAAACUCCCUUCUUCAGAUCUGAUUUAGGAAACGAAUUGCAUUUCGUUAAGCUACCCAAAUUUCUCAGCAUAGAACCCAAACCUUUUGAUCCUCAGUAUUAUGAAGAUGAAUUUGCAGCCGAGAAAGUGCUUGAUGAGGAAGAGAGAACCAGGUUAAAAAUAAAGGUAGAAAACACUGUGCGAUGGAGGGUGCGCCGAGACACAGCGGGAAACGAGAUUCAAGAGAGCAACGCCCGGAUGGUGAAGUGGUCAGAUGGAAGCAUGUCCCUGCACUUAGGCAGCGAAGUGUUCGAUGUCUACAGAGCCCCACUGGAGGGCAACCACAGCCACCUGUUUGUGAGAGAGGAUACUGGUCUGCAGGGACAAGCCAUCUUUAAAUCCAAGCUCACCUUCAGACCUCACUCUACGGACUAUGCCACCCAUAAGAAGAUGACCCUGCCGCUCGCUGACAGAUGCUCAAGGACGCAGAAGAUUAGGAUCAUACCAAUAGCUGGCUGUGACCCCGAGUGCCAGCGCACCGAGAAGAUUAAGAAAGAAAAACAACGCUUGAGGGCUUCUACUCGCCGAGGGACAAUCCGUCUUCGGGGGAAGCAGAAUCGGCAGGGCCCGAGUGCCCGCUACCAAGAGUCCCACAGUGACAGCGAGGAGGAGGAAGAGGCACAGGCCAGAAUCUGUUUGUCAGACAGCGAUGAAGGAUCAGAAGAAGAAAAGCCUCAAGGAUUACUGAGAGCAAAGCAACUCACCAGUGAUGAGGUGAACCCUACAGAAGUAGGAAAGCAGGGGAAGAGAAAGAUGACAGACGCAUAAAACCUGCUCUCAUUGUCUGUAUUGUUUUCAACAGUUGUUGUUUUUUUUACUAUAGUUUUUUUUAUUGAUUUCAGAGAGGAAGGGAGAGGGAGAGAUAGAAACAUCAAUGAUAAGAGAGAAUCCUUGGUUGGCUGCCUCCUGCACGCCCCC